AUGACGCCCCCCCAGCUCUGUGUGGGGGGCCGCUUCAACCACACCGCUCCCAGCAUGUGGGGCGGCGCCAGCACCACGCGGGGGGCCGACAACGGCACUGCGCGCCCCGCGGAGGGGUGCGGCUCGGUCUCGGUGGCGUUCCCCUUGAGCAUGAUGCUGACGGGCACGGUGGGCAAUGCCCUGGCCAUGCUGCUGGUGUCCCGCGCCUGCCAGCGGAAGGAGAACACGCGGAAGAAGUCCUUCCUGCUGUGCAUCGGCUCCCUGGCGCUCACCGACCUCACUGGCCAGCUCCUCACCAGCCCCGUGGUCAUCGCCGUGUAUCUGGCCAACAGGAACUGGCAGGAGCUGGACCCCUCGGGCAACCUGUGCGCCUUCUUUGGGUUCUGCAUGACCGUCUUUGGCCUCUGCCCCCUCUUCAUCGCCAGUGCCAUGGCCGUAGAAAGGACCCUGGCCAUCAGAGCGCCUCACUGGUACGCCAGCCACAUGCGAACCAGGGUGACCAAGACUGUCUUGCUCAGCAUCUGGCUGGCAGUGUUUGCCUUUGCCCUCCUGCCCAUAGCUGGCUUAGGGCGGUACACCCUGCAGUGGCCAGGCACCUGGUGUUUUAUCAGCACCGGGGACAACCACGGUGUGGGCAACACCUUCUUCGCUUCAGCCUUUGCCUUUCUGGGACUUUCCUCUCUGAUCGUCAUCAUGGCGUGUAACUUGGCCACAAUCAAAGCUUUAGUGGCUCGGUGCAGGACCAAACCCUCAGCCUCUCAGUCCAGCAAGCAGUGGGGGAGAAUCACCAUGGAAACACUGGUCCAGCUGUUGGGGAUCAUGUGUGUUCUCUUUGCUUGUUGGUCACCACUGUUGAUUAUGAUGUUGAAAAUGAUCUUCAGUCACAAGUCGGUUGAACAUUGCAAGCCAUCUGACAACACAGUUCAAAGCAUAGAACUGCAGAAAGAAUGCAAUUUCUUCUUGACGGCUGUACGCUUGGCCUCACUAAACCAGAUCUUGGACCCCUGGGUUUAUCUGCUAUUAAGAAAAAUUCUCCUCCGAAAGUUUUGUCAGGUAGCAAAUGCUAUCUCCAGUUGUUCUAAUAAUGGAUGGAAAGGGCAACCUGUCAUGUUAACCGAUGAAAUCAGACAGACAGCAGCAUGAAAGAAUAUUGAUACACCUUGCAUGCAAAUUACUUUUGACAGGUAGUCUUAAGCCUUACUGUGAAUUUGGGCAUCUGUGGCAUGCCGGUGUCUCCACAUAACUAAGCAUAGUAGUACUUUUGAAUGGACUUAGAAUGCCAGAUAAUUAUGUAUCUGGUUUGCCAACAAUACAUAAACAUAAACAAAGGAGUAUGGCCUGUUAUUUACAGUUACCUAAAAUUAUCAUAGCUAAAACCAUUCAAGGUAAAGAAUAUGACUUUUUUUCCGCUGUAUACAUCAUGUUUUCUGGGGAUUUUUCUUUCUUUGAAGGAGAAGAAUCAAUAAUUUUUAUGUCAGGUAACGUUUGAGACAGAUUCAACAGCUUAAGUUAUUGAAAAGACUCGUUACUGUACUUAAUUUUGACUCUAAGCUUAUCUGCUAGAUCUAGAUAUUAUUCCUACCUCCUUUUUGGGGGAAAAUGCAAGAGACUUGAGGAAAAAAAUAAUGAGUCCUUUUCUUUCUUUAGAUUUCAGUGAUUUGUUAGAAGAAUUGCC